GUUCUUGGCCUUGUGAUCAGAUGCCGUUGGUUCUGGAUUUGUGAAGAUCGCAUGUUUUCGCUUUUUAAUUAAAACAAUAACUGUGUUGCAAACUGUAUUAAUUAUUCUAUACGGAGUUUUCAGUCUUGCACAUAUAGCAACAAUUUAUCUCCUAUUACAAAUAAACAUAUAAGAUACUAAAAAUAAGAAAACCUCAAGAACUGAAAGUUAUUAGAAGAAUAAUGUGCAUUAAUAAUGCCGCUUAUAAUCAGUCAUUCGUUCACAGAUUGAAAAGUAUCAUGGAACAAUGUGUCACUGAUAUUCUUUGCAGUGAUGACUGUGUUAUAAUGGUAUGGUCAGGGGAAGUUCAAGAAAACACUAUGCGCAGUUUGCAGACACAUAUCUCUCCACUCGUUCAAAAACUACAAUUUGAAAAUUUAGAAAACUUCACUAGCAGUUCAACUGUCGGUAAUCAUCUUCGUGAAUAUGCUUCUGUCGUAUUGUGUGGAUGGCCCAAUCCAUUAAAUGUAAAUGCACUUCCAUUUGAAUUAUUAUCGAACCUCUCAUUCUGUUUGAAACCUGGUGGUCGUCUUGUUGGUCGGGUACUGACUACGAACGUGUGGGAUUCUUUGAGAAAAAACUUGACUCUCUCCGGAUAUAUGGGUCCCCAACAGCUACACGAUGAAAAAUACCUAAUAUUCAGUGCCUCAGUCCCAUCACACUAUACUCAGGGUUCAAGUGUUAAGCUUCCAUGGGCUAAUAGUGACGUCGAAUCGGCUUGGGAAGACGUUGACAAAGAAGAUUCUAAUGAUAUCAGUGAGAAUGUCAUAGACACAAAUGCACUACUGCAGAAAGCAGACUUUGAGGCGCCGGCUGUCUGUGGUAAAGAAGCAGUUACUGACUCAGCGGGUAAAAAGAAACGAGCGUGUAAAAACUGUACAUGUGGUUUGGCUGAAAUUGAAGCACAAGACGAAGAAAGAGAAGCCCAUAUCCCUAAAUCCUCCUGUGGAAAUUGUUAUCUAGGAGAUGCAUUCCGCUGUUCUACAUGUCCGUAUCGUGGACUCCCACCGUUUAAACCAGGAGAGCAGAUAAUCAUACCGGAUGACUUCUUGAAAGCAGAUUUAUGAGAAACACAUGUACUGUACCAAAUAACCUAUUAUGAAUCUCGAUGUAAUUUAACUACCAACUUGCUUCUGCUACUCAUGUCUAACCGCCAUUUGUUCAUAUUGGAUCAUGUUGGUAAUAAAUAAAGCUACAGAACUAGUUAGAAGCGAUACCUUCUUAUUUAAUACUUCAAUCAAAAUACUGCCAGAAACGGAUUCAUAUCUAUACCGAUUUGUAGUGUCAUCUUGACUACCUACCUAACUUAAAGUUUGCUAUCCAAGCAUGGUUAGCACAUACGUUUCAUGAUAAAUAUUGCGUAUGCGACUAAGUACACAAUAUUCAUUAUCGUUAAAUGAUAAAAAUACUACAUGAUGGUCAUUGAAAAACGCAG